ACGUCGAUUUCGGAUCAGAAGGUCCGUGGUUCGAAUCCCAGCACGGGACUCGGAAAUGUUAUGACUGCUACAGUGUAUUCACCGACAAAGUAACAACGAGACUUUUAUCAUUAAUGAACCCUGUGUAGAGCUGUUAAGGGAUGUUAUUAUUUACGCUGAGAAAAUAUUUCCUUCUGUCGCCAAAAUAUAUUUAUCAGAUAUCAGCUUCCUCGUAUUAGAAACACAGCUAUGUCCGUCAUGAACAUUGGGACGGUUUAGUUUCAGACUGGUUGUGUGAGUGUCAGUAUUCAUUGUGGUGUUACUUGAAGGUCGUCGCCUGAAACAGCAAGUAUAAACACCUCUCUCCGUGUAAUGUUUUCGUCAGUGUGGUAAGAAUUGUGAAUAACAUUAGCAUAUGUUUUUUAGUGAAUAGAUUAAACAGCUCCAAAGCAUAUACUAUCGUUCUAAUAUUUAAACAAUAGAACAAUUCAUAUCUGAACUGUAUAUACUUUGUGUAAUGAUGUACUGCGUCAAUGGGUCAUCAUUCUUGUGUACGGCAUGUGUUUUGCCCUGUUUACUUCUAUAAAAUAUGUUUGUGUUUAUUGAAAGAACGUAUGUUGUAUUUCUCAGAGCCCUAUGGACUUGUUGAUGUGGUUCUCCUUUGGUUGCCUGGCCAUUUGUUCAGCAGCCACACGGUGCCGUCACCACCAGCACUGCUCAGACUGUGACAACACGACAGGCUACUGCACCACCGACUGUGACCGUGGAUACUACGACCAGAAAUGCAGGUCUGCGUGCAGCAAGAACUGCAGAAAUAACACGUGCAUUACUUCAAACAGUGGUAGUGAAAACUGCACAGACGGCUGUGUCCUAGGAUACCAAGGUCGUGGCUGCAACAUACCAUGUGACAGUCCAGGAGGUAACUGUACAGCAUGUCCAGGUGGUUGUGAUGGAGGAUAUUGUCAGCUGGGUUCAUCCUGUGUGUCUGGAUGUGUAGACUCCUACUACGGGACUGACUGUAAGACAUGUGAAAGUCUCUUCAUUGGACUGCUAGCGUUGUCAGUGUUCGUAGCAUUUUGCAUCUUGGUGACACUGUAUGUGUCUUUCAUCAAGUUUGUUAAUGCAAAACGCGACGACAACGAAACAGAAGAUGUUUAUCAUCAUCUGCAACGUGUACCGUACACAGAGAACCAGAGAUGUAUCUAGUCCAUCCCCACACACUGAUGAUGAAGGGUACAUUGACAUGUGUUUAACAACAAUGGGAAGAGCUGGUGAUUUUGUAUCAACAACCAGAUCCUGUAAUAGUUCUUGUAGGGUGACGAAGAAACUAAAAUAGGUCGUGUAUCAACAACCAGAUCCUGUAACAGUUUUUGUACGGUGACGAAUAAACUAAAUACGGGUAAUGUUAUAUCCAACA